CAUUUUCUCCAACCCCCACCCCGUACGAUUCGAAGGGCUUCUCUUGUAUUCAACUGGUUUACGUGACGUAACGGUGUGCAUUCAAGUUUAAGAGUUGCGUUAUCUGACCCAAUAUUAGCAAGCCACUAUACGGGAUUACAUGUAAUAUUGCACAACUACACGAGCUUUGUCUGCUGAAUUGAAAUGGCGAGUGGAGGUCACUGUGCUUGUGGUCCUGGAUAUGCCACACCCCUGGAUGCCAUGAAAGGUCCCAGGGAGACUCUAGUCUACCUUCCAUGUAUCCGUACAAACACUGGGAUUGACAAACCAGACUACCUUGCCACUGUUGAUGUGAAUCCUCGCUCUAGGACCUACUCAAAGGUCAUUCAUCGUCUGCCAGUACCUUACAAGGGAGAUGAAUUGCAUCACAGUGGCUGGAACGCUUGCAGUAGUUGUUUUGGUAACCCCAACAAGAGAAGAAAUCGCCUCAUUAUGCCCUCUUUAAUUUCUGGUCGGAUUUACAUAUUUGAUGUUGAAAGUGAUCCUAGAGCUCCACAGAUACACAAGAUAAUUCAGCCAGAAGAGGUUGCUAAAAAGACUGGACUUGGCUAUCUUCAUACAACACAUUGCCUGGCCAAUGGGGAGGUCAUGAUAAGCUCUCUAGGAAAACCCAAUGGAGAGGGAGAAGGAGGUUUCGUCAUCCUGGAUGGAAAGACGUUUGAUGUUAAAGGACGCUGGGAGUCUGGGCCUGCUGCUCCCAUGGGAUAUGACUUUUGGUACCAGCCCCUUCACAAUGUCAUGAUUAGCACUGAGUGGGGAGUACCUAAGGCUCUUACUAAAGGAUUUAAGCUGGAGGAUGUCCAGACAGGGAAAUACGGAUCUCACUUGCACGUGUGGGACUGGACCUCGCGAACCAUUCAACAGACAAUCGACUUAGGAGUGGGUACCAUUCCUCUGGAGAUAAGAUUCCUGCACAACCCUGAAGAGCCGCAAGGAUUCACGGGAUGCGCGCUGAGCAGUACUAUCGUCAGGUUCUUCAAAAACCAGAUGAGCUCCUGGGGUUCUGAAACUGUCAUCAAAGUCCCAAACAAGAAGGUUGAAGGCUGGGCACUACCAGAAAUGCCAGGUCUGAUUACCGAUAUCCUGAUUUCAUUGGAUGACAAGUUCCUGUACUUCAGCAAUUGGAUUCAUGGAGACAUCAGACAAUAUGACAUCACAGACCCUAAACGCCCGAAGCUUGUCGGACAGUUGUUUAUUGGCGGCAGUAUUGUCAACGACGGCCCAGUGAAGGUGAUACAAGACUCCGAACUGAGCGGACAGCCUGAGCCGUGUUACGUGAAGGGAAAGCGAGUGGAAGGAGGACCGCAGAUGAUUCAGCUCAGUUUGGAUGGCAAACGGCUUUACGUCACGACAUCGCUGUACAGUGUGUGGGACAAUCAGUUCUACCCUGAUCUCUCCAAGAAAGGCGCCAUGUUGCUGCAAGUUGACGUUGAUUCAGUGAAUGGCGGGCUCAAGUUGAAUCCUGAUUUCUGUGUGGACUUUGGAGAAGAGCCUGACGGACCAGCUCUCGCUCAUGAAGUGCGUUAUCCGGGGGGUGACUGCUCCUCUGACAUAUGGCUGGUGGAUACCAAACCGGCAAAGUUGUAACCUGGUCUCUGGACUGUGUCGAUAACUUGGAUUGUGACAGGGAAACAGCGUGAUUUAAUGAUGAACCAUUACGUAUUAUGGUGUGAGCGCGCGGUGUGAGUGAAAAACCUAGGCUGUUUUGUGAUUUCAAUAACAAUAAAGGCUCUCAGAAGAAGGUGAAUUCUUUUCUGUGGACAUUUAGUGUGGAAAUGGCCGUUCAGCAGUGCCAACCGAGUUGCCGUCCCGCAGAGUUCUUUGCGUGAGGGCCGGGGGUAAAAUCUCUUCCGACGCCCAGCUAAGCUGUGCAUGAUUUGACCGAGCGGACAGAAAAUAAAGCCUUUUUUUCAGUGACUGUGUUUCUCGCGCGCAGUUAACAUUCACGCGCUGAUAAUGAGUACAGGUAUUUCACAUGGUGCAGCACGCCAUUUUUAUUUCCAACGUCUUUUUUUCGCGCGCUUUCCGUCUGCGUGCACGUAUAGUUUUUGUAUGGCUGUAACCCUAAAGAAGGACUAAGCCCGAAACGUCUGUUGUGCUCACACUACUUUGGACUUCAAAGAACUUUUCCAGCCUUAUUUUAACAUCAGCGCAUAGCAGUUUGGCAUAUGACGUCGAAACGCGACGGCACAAUCAGUUACCGAGUGUGCUGUCAAACAUUCUAACCACAUUUGGACUUGGUCGUGAGUGUAGCACAGGAAAACGGCAUCUGACUCAUACCCAGAAGUGCGAAGCGUCCGAGUAGGAGUCUGGCAAAACACAGUUACUUUGAUGGUUAACACACCCUAGAACUGCUGGCUGCUGCUCUUGUUACUUUUUGACAAACACUUUGCAAUCUACAAUAACUCCGAAGGUCUUUGUAAUCAAGUCAGUCUGCAUUACGGAUCUUCUCACAGGCUCUUUAAGGAUAAAUAUGAACACAGACUAAAAAUUUAGGUCAGCGUUU